AUGAAGCAGGCGCCCUCAUCCACCGCUAGGGGCACCAAGAAGCCCGUGAAGAAGCGCGAGCUGCAAGAGAUUACCGGCGGCGGGGAUACCUCAUGGGAGAGCGACUACAAUUGUUUGAACGAAGAUUUGCUGUGUCUGAAUUGGUUGGAUGGUGACGAGAAAUGCAUGCAGACAAGCUCCUCGGAGACGAGCUCUGACUCGUCAACCUACAACGAUGUAAUGUCUCUAAAUUAUCUGAUUGACGGUGGACGAGGGCGCCAAUACUUCACGGCCAAGAAAGAGGCUGCCGACUUCUUCUUCAUGGCCGAGGAAGAGGGCUUCUUCUUCGCGGCCGAGGAGGACGGUUUCGUGGUGGCUAACUUUCCUGGCUUUGUCAUCUCGGACGGCGGUGUUGGAGGCAGAGGACGAGGAGGGGAGAUGAAUGAGGAGACAACGGAGUUGGAUUAG